UGCGUGGGAAGAGGAGAGAGGAGGGGCCUGGGAAUCCGCUGCUUCCCAUUCCAGGCGCAGGGGCACAACAUGGCGGAUUAGGAGGCGACCGAAGCGCCCGGAUACAACGAACAAAUACUGGGAUACCGUUUCCCCUUUCCGUGGAGACGCCAGGAAUACAGGCUUUUCGGACGGCUAACGCGCUCCUUCGAGACUCCCCGAGACAUGCGUUUUGGAUAACAGUGUGCGUUGCUGUGCCUCACUCCAAAUUGGCUGUCUGUCCGAGAUCAUUCCUAUCACCCAGGCCCCCCACCCCGAACACACUCUCGGUUCCUGGGGUGUGGAGACAGGGGCCGGGGAAGUGGAAAACAAGCGCACUUUUAUCUGGAACAUCAGGCUCCGUGCUGCAGGACAGGGCUGUCAGGGGGAUCAUUGUGCGAAUGAGUGAGUGAUGCAGGUUUCGUUUCUCCAGGGCAGUAUGGGUGUGUGUCCCCUGCUCCUGCAUGUGGCCUUUGUGGCCCUCAGCACGGCCCAGACUCUCCCUCACCUUUCAGGUGCGGUCCAGACCACCAAACCUACACCCCAUCCUCCCACGACACCCCUAAUCAUAGUCACCAAUGGAUCCCCAACAGCCGCUCCAACAUCCACACCGUCCCCACAACUUAUUGCAACAAAAGCCUUCAAUGACUCUGAGGGUACUGCGGCCCCAGAGGCUACCACUGCUCCUCCAGUCGUCCCUCCUCCAGCUGUGCCCAUCCCUACUGUGGUGCUACCUGUACCGCCAACCCCAACUGCCGCAUCCCCGUCUCUCACCACCAACAAAACUGGAGAUCACCAGACCACCGUUUUGGCUCCAGCAGGGACGCCAACGCCUGAUCCCACAUCCACCCAGUCCUCCUCAGAGCCCGAGACGGAGACCCCGUAUACCCCAGCUGAUGCCACCACUGCUGACGUCAACAAGCCAGAAGAUGACACAGCGAUCAUGGCAGUGAUGGUUGCCUUAUCCUCUCUGCUGGUCAUUGUCUUCAUCAUCAUCAUCCUUUACAUGCUCAGGUUUAAGAAGUACAAGCAGGCAGGGAGCCACUCCAACUCCUUCCGCCUGACCAACGGCAGAGCUGACGACACAGAACUCCAGAGUGUACCGUUAUUGGCUCGCUCUCCAAGCACCAACAGGAAGUACCCGCCUCUUCCUGUCGACAAGCUGGAGGAGGAAAUGAACCGUCGAAUGGCUGACGACAAUAAACUCUUCCGGGAAGAAUUCAAUGCGCUGCCGGUGUGUCCCAUUCAAGCCUCAUGUGAUGCCGCCUCCAAGGAGGAGAAUAAGGAGAAGAACAGAUAUGUCAACAUCUUGCCCUAUGAUCAUUCUAGAGUUCAUUUGACCUCUCUGGAGGGUGUUCCUGACUCAGACUAUAUCAACGCUUCCUACAUAAAUGGAUACCAGGAGAAAAACAAAUUCAUUGCUGCACAAGGACCAAAAGAAGAGACAGUCAAUGACUACUGGAGGAUGAUCUGGGAGCAAAACACUGCCACCAUCGUCAUGGUCACCAAUCUGAAGGAGCGGAAAGAGUGUAAAUGUGCUCAAUACUGGCCUGACCAGGGAUGCUGGACUUACGGAAACAUCCGCGUGUCGGUAGAGGACACGAUGAUCUUGGUUGACUACACCAUCCGGAAGUUCUGCAUUCAGCAGGUGGGGGAUGUUUCCGGUAAGAAGCCUCAGAGGCUGGUCACACAGUUUCAUUUCACCAGCUGGCCUGAUUUUGGGGUUCCUUUCACUCCGAUUGGCAUGCUGAAGUUCCUAAAGAAGGUCAAGAACUGCAACCCACAGUAUGCUGGACCCAUAAUGGUUCACUGCAGUGCGGGUGUUGGCAGGACGGGCACCUUUAUCGUGAUAGACGCAAUGCUGGACAUGAUGGGUGCAGAGAGAAAGGUGGACGUUUUCGGGUUUGUGACGCGGAUCAGAGCCCAGCGCUGUCAGAUGGUUCAGACCGAUAUGCAGUAUGUGUUUAUUUUCCAAGCUUUGCUGGAGCACUACCUGUACGGGGACACGGAGCUGGAAGUGACGUCUCUGGAGACUCACAUGAAUAAACUCUACGCUCCUUUACCUGGAGCUGGCUGUGGAGGCCUGGAGGCAGAGUUUAAGAAACUUACCUCCAUUAAAAUCCAGAAUGACAAGAUGAGAACAGGAAACCUGCCUGCCAACAUGAAGAAGAAUCGUGUUUUGCAAAUCAUUCCAUAUGAGUUUAACAGAGUGAUCAUCCCUGUAAAACGUGGAGAGGAGAACACGGAUUACAUCAACGCCUCUUUUAUAGAUGGUUACAGGCAGAAAGACUCAUACAUGGCGUGUCAGGGGCCGCUCCAGCACACCAUCGAGGACUACUGGAGGAUGAUAUGGGAGUGGAGGAGCUGCUCUAUCGUUAUGCUGACCGAGCUGGAGGAGAGAGGACAGGAGAAGUGUGCUCAGUAUUGGCCUACAGAUGGUGUGAUGGUUUGUGGAGACAUGUCCAUCGAGCUGAAGAGGGAGGAGGAAAGUGAGAGCUACACUGUUAGGGACCUUCUAGUCACCAAUAACAGAGAAAAUAAGUCUCGCGCUGUGAGGCAGUUUCAUUUCCAUGGCUGGCCUGAGGUGGGCAUCCCGUCUGAUGGGAAGGGCAUGAUCAACAUCAUCGCUGCAGUUCAGAAGCAGCAGCAACAGUCUGGAAACCACCCAAUCACUGUGCACUGCAGUGCUGGUGCAGGACGCACUGGGACAUUCUGUGCUCUCAGCACAGUCCUGGAGCGGGUGAAGGCAGAGGGCAUUCUGGACGUUUUCCAGACAGUGAAGAGUCUAAGACUACAGAGACCGCACAUGGUGCAGACACUGGAGCAGUACGAGUUCUGCUACAAAGUGGUCCAGGAAUACAUCGAUGCCUUCUCUGACUACGCCAACUUUAAGUAAAGCCACGGUCACCAGACUUUACCAGUCUUGCACUCACGUCCACACUUUCACCUAAACACAGCUAAACGAGACAGACUGCCAGCGCAAAGCAAAAGGGAACGCAAAAAUCCUUUGGCCGGCAACCACAAGAACAUGAUGCCGAAAGUGAAAAACAAAAACAAAGCAAACACCAUUAGAGAUGCCUUCUUGAAUAUUUUGUAAUAUUGCUCUUGUUAAUACGGCCCUUUCCCAUUUUUCUCAGUGUAAAUAUGCUCUUGUAAUUUUAUUUUUAUUUUUUUUGGUUUUAGAAGCUGUUUCAUUGCGGCUUUUAGAGUGACCUUAAUAUAGUUUACUGGUAUAUAAAUACAUACAUGAAUAUUUUAAAACGGCGCUUUGGAGACAGACGUUAAAAGAGAGGUAGCAAGUUGAGGGUGCUUUUCACUGGGUGUUUUACAAAACAAAAAACCUUCUUUUUCUGCAGUUAAGUGACUGACAACUAUUUAAAUGGCAGCUCAAUCCCUCUUUGCUGUUGCCUGUAGCUACGUAGCGCACAAAGUGACUAAUUGGAACCAAUCACGGUGCAUUAGGCACAGUAAUCGAGCGUGUUCACGAUUAAAAGAAAUUCACUGUGCUUUCCGAUUAUGUUCACUGGAGUGACGGAUAACAUUCUGUGUGUUUUGACACUCUCGUUGUGUCUAUUUUUUUAUUUAAUUUUUUUACAUUUUUGGGGGAAUUAUGACUUAAGAUUGAAGAUGCUAAAACGGUCAAAUGUGUUUUUAAGCUGCCGGUUUUGUUUCAAUGGGUCAGAACCAAUUUGUUAUCCGCUUUAGUCCAAACUAGAAAAUAUUAGAGUAAGACUUUAAAAGAAAAGAGGAUUCCCUGAGCGUUUCGAUGAAAGGAAAUACAGCUUUAGACUGUUCAUGUUAUUUCUUUUCUAUCAUUUUGUCCCCUCACAAUGGUGUACUCUCUUCAUCCUAACUUCUUUUCUAGAUUACUCUAAAAGCACCUUCUGUGUUUGUGAUUGUAACCAAGGAAGUGAUGUGUUUACUUGCCUGGAUGUCUGUUUGAUUGGCCUUAACAACUGUACACUAAGCUUUCAUUAUGUACAGGCAGUUACUUUUCCUUCCUUCAAAGAUUAAUGGUCCCGCCAGGCUGACUACUGGUGCAUAAUAGAUCCAGAAAGUUCUAUUCAAAUUGACACAUGAUCACCUGAUCAUCUGUUCCUGCCCGUUUGAAGGACUUCAGCCUUUGUGCUGAAGCCAGUGAGCCCUUUCCAGCUCCACUGAGCCAGUUAGAUCCGUAAACAUUAUAGAUAUUAGGCCCAAAGUGGCGAUGAGUGCUUUAAAUUUCUCCUUUCUAAAAGAACAGGUGGAUGAUGGUGUAAAUGAGAACAUUCAUCAUCUGUUUAACUUGUGAGAGUUUCACACAUAGGAGACGUUAUAUGAUGAAAGCUAAACAUGUAAUGCUGAUUGUCAUUGAAUUUUUGGUGAAUGUUUUCUGUAGGUUAAAUGGUUGGUUCAUCCCAAAGUUCAACGUCUUGCCACUCACCCUUGUGACAUUCCAAACCAUUUUCAAAACACAAAUGAAAAUGUUUUUAAUCAAAUCUGAUUGAUUUCUGUUUCAUUGAAAGUCAUUGAGUUUUCAAAACCUGUAACUCCAGUGGUUUAAUCCAAUCUUUUAAAAAGACAUGAAGACUUUAUAAGAUAUAUAUAUAUAUAUAUAUAUAUAUAUAUAUAUAUAUAUAUAUAUAUAUAUAUAUAUAUAUAUAUAUAUAUGUAUGUAUGUAUAUUUAAUUUAGGUUUUAAUCAUAUUUAAACAUUUAAAAUGUUUACACAUUCAAAUUUGGUCACCGAGACUCAAUCGAGCUUGCUUGAUCCUUGCUAGGGUUGUCACAAUACUGGAUUCAUGGAACUUGGUACCAGUCGAUACUACAAUAAAAAAAAAAAAAGUUAAUUUCCUGUAAACAUUUGACCGCUGUUGAGAAUGUUUGUGAACAAUAGAAAAUUAACGCUUUUAACAAACAUAAUCAACAGUGCUCAAAUGUUCACAGGAGAUUUCUGAGAACUUUCAAAGUCACGUCGAUCAGCUGGUUUGUCUAUAAGCCGACAUAGGAGCGAUUAGCUUUAAAACACACCAGUGUCCCUGAAUCUCUGGUUACACUCAGUAAAGUGAGUUCGGUGAUCUGAUGACCUUCACAGCCAAUCACAGUCAUUUCUGUUGAGCGUGUUUAAGAACGUGCUCAACAGCGCUUAAAUGUUAGCGGAAAAUGGACAUUUUUAAAAUGUCAGAUAUCAGAUCGCUUUCAAAGUCUCGUCGAUCACAUGGUUUGUCUAUAAGCUGACAUAUGAGAGAUCAGCUAUUGAAUCACAGCUUCAAAACGCUCCAGUGUCCCUGUAUCUGUGGUUACACUCAGUAAACAGAGGUGAGUUCGGUGAACUGAUGACCUUCAUGGCCAAUCACAGUCAUUUCUGUUGAGCGUGUUUAAGAACGUGCUCAACAGCGCUCAAAUGUUAGCGGAAAAUGGACAUUUUUAAAAUGUCAGAUAUCAGAUCACUUUUAAAGUCUCGUCGAUCACCUGGUUUGUCUAUAAGCUGAUAUAGGAGAGAUCAGCUAAUGAAUCACAGCUCUACAAUGCUCCAGUGUCCCUGUAUCUGUGGUUACACUCAGUAAACAGAGGUGAGUUUGGUGUACUGAUGACCUUCUUGGCCAAUCACAGUCAUUUCUGUUGAAUGUGUUUAAGAAUGUGCUCAACAGCGCUCAAAUAUUCACGGAAAAAUAGAGGUUUUUAAAAUUUCAGAUUUCAGAGUGCUUUCAAAGUCGUGUUGAUCACCUGGUUUGUUUAUAAGCUGAUAUACAAGCAAUCAGCUAAUGAAUCGCAGCUUUAAAACACUCCAGUGUCCCUGUAUCUGUGUUUACACUCGGUAAACAGCUGUGAAUUCAGUGAAUUGAUGACCUUCACGGCCAAUCACAGUCAUUUCUGUUGAGCGUGUUCAAGAAUGUGCUCAACAGCGCUCAAAUGUUAGUGGGUUUUUAAAAUGUCAGUAUCGAUUGGUAAUGAAUUCCGGUAUCGUGACAACACUAUUGUGCAUUAGGUAUUUUUGUGCUUCUUUUUAUUAUUGGUCUUUAUACAUGAACAAAGGCUUAAAUGCAGUAUAAAGCAGUUUUUUGGUCUCUUCGUUUAAUUGAAGUUUGUGUGACUUUCAAUGGAGCAACAAGACGAUGAAUCAAUAAUGGCGGGAUUCAUUUUGUCGUGAACAAACCAUUUAAGCCCUCAAUCCACACUGCCUUGUGGUCAUGUACGUUUUAUGAAAUGUUUUAGCUCCUAAAUGUAUGUAAAACCCAAUGGGUGUCGCUCGAAUUCACUCACCCAUCGGUCAUUCCAUGUUAACAGGGAUCUCGAUGGAAACCUUUUAUAUAUUAUUUCAGAUCCAUGAUGUUUCAGUCAAUGAGUUACGGGAUCUCGUAUAUUCAGCUUCAACUUAAGAUAUCCCAUGAAAUGCUGACGGAUGUGCUUGAAUAUUGUGUGAUUUAUCGACUGUUGUGAUUUGCUUCGUCACACUAACCCUUUCCAUAUGAGACACUGUGCCAAUAGCAGCCUCUCAGGGGCCGGAUCCUUCUUCAGAGGUGGGAAAGUGCCUCAUCACGUUCCUGUAGCUUCGAGCAUAUUCCCGCCUGCUCUUUUGUAGCCCACAUGUCCCAAUCCCACAACCGGACAUCGUGGCCCGUAUGGCGUAUGAUAAUCUGUAAUGGAAUCAAAGCGUUUACUGGUUAGUUGCUCCAUGGUGUGUCAAGGAUUUUAAGCUUUUUUCAUUAUUAUUAUUCCCUUUACAUACCAUAUAAAACCAUCCUGGAGGAAGUACCGGACUUCAGGUCAAAGCCCUCAAAACACAAGCUCUUAGUGCAUGGAGAGCAAUCUGAUCCAAAAGGGAAGCCACGUGUUUGGAGGAAUGAGGAAAAAGACUGAAAAGUAAAGGGUUGUGCUCUCCAACAAUCACACUUUGAGGAUUCCGUCUGAGAUCUGAUUGGAUCGUUCCUAAAUUUUCGACUGUUCCGUUAAUACUAAAACGUUCCUUUUUCUGUUUUUAUUCUUUCCUCUUUGUGCACCCUUCUGUACAUAAUGUAAGUUUAUUUAUAUUUCAUUCCUGUCUGUUGCCUUGCUUUUAUUUUAUUUUUAUCUUUCCCUCGCUUUUAUAAGAUACUUGUAUAUUAAACUGUACUGGGACCAUUUUGAAAUGUAUUCAAUGUUUUUUCCCCUUGUUUUUAAUUCGGUAUUAUUGUCUUAAAAUCUUAUUUUUCAUUUGCAUCUGUUUUUUUUUCUAGUGUUUUGUUAUUCAAACUUGAAUAUAUAUGUAUAUAUAUAAUUAUAUAUAUGAUGCAAAUUAUAUAUAAUUAUAUAAUGCCAAACGGCCUUUCUAAACAAGAUACUGUUCAAACCUAAUAAAAGUGCUUGAGAUUUUA